AUGAGUGAAAACCUGAAGGACUGUUUGAUCCAGACCCACACUUCCUUAGGGGAGAUGGUGACAAUAAAGACUGAGGCCUGCUCUCCGUGCCGGGACCAGGAGUAUGGGCAACCCUGCUCUGGGAGGGCUGACUCUCAAUCCAUGGAAGUGGAGCCUAAGAAACUGAAAGGGAAGCGGGAUUUGAUCAUGACCAAGAGCUUUCAGCAAGUGGAUUUCUGGUUUUGUGAGUCCUGCCAGGAGUAUUUCGUGGAUGAAUGUCCAAACCAUGGUCCCCCCGUGUUUGUGUCAGACACUCCGGUACCCGUUGGGAUCCCUGACCGGGCAGCACUGACCAUCCCGCCUGGCAUGGAGGUAAUGAAAGAACCCAGCGGGGAGAAUGACGUACGCUGUGUGAACGAGGUUAUCCCCAAAGGUCAUGUCUUCGGGCCGUAUGAGGGGCAGAUCUCCAGCCAGGACAAGUCAGCAGGAUUCUUCUCUUGGCUGAUUGUUGAUAAGAACAACCGCUACAAAUCUAUAGAUGGGACAGAUGAAACCAAAGCAAAUUGGAUGAGGUAUGUGGUCAUAUCCCGAGAGGAGAGGGAGCAGAACCUGAUGGCCUUUCAGCAUAGUGAGAGGAUUUACUUCCGAGCCUGUCGGGACAUCCGGCCUGGGGAGAGGCUGAGAGUCUGGUACAGUGAGGAUUACAUGAAGCGGUUGCAUAGUAUGUCCCAGGAGACCAUCAACAGAAACCUCACAAGAGGAGAUAAAAAAUUACAGAGGGAAAAGUCAGAAAAAAAUGUGGAAAAUCAAGAGGAUAUGAGAGGCCCCCUCCAGCUCACCACGUUAAAGCAAGGGAAGAGCCCCUACAAGCGCAGCUGUGAUGAGGGGGAAUCCCACACCCAGAUGAAGAAAAAGAAGAUAGAUCUCAUCUUCAAAGACGUGCUGGAGGCUUCCCUAGAAUCAGCAAAGCGGCAAGAGCACCAGCUAACAACAAGCACACCCCUUUCCAUUAGAAAGGCAUCCAAAUACCAGGCCGAAGACAUCUUUGAAAGGUGUGGAGCUGCCAUUCAGCAUAGCUCCCCAAACUUCAGCAGAAACCAAAAUGAAGGUGAAUGGAAGGUCCCCCAUGGUUCCUCUUACAGUGCGGCCAAAGAGAUGGGCCUCCUGGAAGAUGAAGACGAAGAGCCUCUGUCACUCACGGCAGACAGCCCGACUGAGCUAUCGCUAGCAUCGACUCAAGGCAACUCACAUGAAAUCCCCACAACUUCCUUCUGUCCCAACUGCAUACGGUUGAAGAAAAAGAUCCGUGAGCUGCAGGCUGAACUAGACAUGUUGAGAUCUGGAAAGUUACCUGAGCCACCUCUUGUACCACCUCAGGUACCCGAGCUCCAAGAGUUGUCUGACCCCACAGCUUCUGAAAGCAUCAUCUCUGUUCCCACAAUCAUGGAGGAUGAUGACCAGGAGGUGGACUCUGCUGAUGAAUCAGUUUCCAAUGACAUGAUAGCUGCGACAGAUGAGCCUUCAAAGAUGUCUUCUGCAACUGGCAGGAGGAUUCGACGCUUCAAGCAAGAGUGGCUUAAAAAGUUUUGGUUUCUUCGGUACUCCCCUACGUUGAAUGAAAUGUGGUGCCAUGUCUGCAGGCAGUACACGGUGCAAUCCUCUCGGACUUCAGCCUUCAUCAUUGGCUCUAAGCAGUUCAAGAUACACACUAUAAAGCUUCACAGCCAGAGCAACCUCCACAAGAAGUGCCUGCAGCUCUACAAGCUCAGGAUGCAUCCAGAGAAGACAGAAGAGAUGUGCCGAAAUAUGACCCUGCUCUUCAACACAGCCUAUCACUUAGCUCUGGAAGGCAGGCCCUACUUUGACUUUAGGCCUCUUGCAGAACUACUGAGAAAGUGUGAACUCAAAGUGGUGGAUCAGUACAUGAACGAGGGAGACUGCCAAAUCUUAAUCCAUCAUAUCGCCCGGGCUCUGCGAGAGGAUCUGGUAGAACGUAUCAGGCAGUCUCCCUUUCUCAGCAUCAUUCUGGAUGGGCAGAGUGACGACUUGCUUGCCGACACAGUAGCGGUUUACGUUCAGUACACGAGCAGUGAUGGCCCUCCAGCAACUGAAUUCCUGUCUCUUCAAGAGCUGGGCUUUUGUACAACAGAUAGUUACCUCCAAGCAUUAGACAGGGCUUUUUCCAGUUUGGGAAUAAGAUUGCAGGAUGAGAAACCAACUAUCGGCUUGGGAGUAGAUGGUGCUAACAUUACUGCCAGCCUGAGAGCCAACUUGUUCAUGACAAUCAGAAAGACUCUGCCUUGGUUGCUUUGCUUACCCUUUAUGGUACACAGGCCCCACUUGGAAAUUUUGGAUGCCAUCAGUGGGAAAGAGCUUCCAUGUCUGGAGGAGCUAGAAAACAAUUUGAAGCAAUUGCUUAGCUUUUAUCGUUACUCUCCCAGGCUGAUGUGUGAGCUGAGAGUCACUGCUGCCACUCUUUGUGAAGAGACAGAGUUCUUGGGAGAUAUCCGAGCAGUGAAGUGGAUCAUAGGGGAGCAGAAUGUCCUCAAUGCGCUGAUCAAGGAUUACCUUGAAGUCGUGGCCCAUCUCAAAGAUGUCAGUGGUCAGACACAACGGGCAGAUGCUUCUGCUAUUGCCUUGGCUCUCUUGCAGUUCCUUAUGGACUACCAGUCAAUUAAACUGAUCUACUUCUUGCUGGAUGUGAUUGCUGUGCUUUCGCGCCUCGCCUACAUCUUCCAAGGUGAAUACCUCCUUGUGUCACAAGUGGAUGACAAAAUAGAGGAGGCUAUCCAGGAGAUCAGUAGGCUGGCAGACUCGCCUGGAGAGUACUUGCAGGAAUUUGAAGAGAACUUCCGUGAAAGCUUUAACGGAGUUGCUGUGAAAAACCUGCGGGUGGCUGAAGCCAAAUUCCAGUCAAUCAGAGAAAAGAUCUGCCAGAAGACCCAGGUAAUCCUGGCCCAAAGGUUCGAUUCCCGUAGCCGAACAUUUGUGAAAGCGUGUCAGGUGUUUGAUCUUGCAACUUGGCCCAGAAACACGGAGGAGCUCAUGAACUAUGGAAAGGAGGAUAUGGUACAAAUAUUUGAGCACCUGGAAGCUGUUCCAUCAUUUUCAAGAGAAGUUUGCAGAGAGGGAAUGGACACCAGAGGGAGUUUGCUGAUGGAAUGGAGAGAACUCAAGGUGGAUUAUUAUACCAAAAAUGGUUUUAAAGACUUAAUCAGUCACAUCUGUAAAUACAAACAGAGAUUCCCACUCUUAAAUAAAAUAGUUCAGAUCCUCAAAGUCCUUCCCACCUCAACAGCCUGCUGCGAGAAGGGGCGCAACGCCCUGCAGAGAGUGCGCAAAAACAACCGCUCUCGGCUCACUCUGGAACAGCUCAGUGAUCUUUUGACGAUUGCCGUUAAUGGGCCACCCAUUGCCAACUUCGAUGCCAAGAGGGCACUAGAUAGUUGGUUUGAGGAGAAGUCAGGCAAUAGUUAUGCACUGUCAGCAGAAAUGCUGAGCAGGAUGUCCUCCCUUGAUCAGAAGCCGAUGUUGCAGAGCAUGGACCACGGCUCUGAAUUUUACCCCGAUAUUUAG